CUCAAGAAAAUUGUGCAUUUAGCAACUCUAUAGAGCAAAACGUUAACGCGAAGAUACAGCGUAUCCAAGGUCCAUAAGCGUAUCCAGAAAACAUAAUUUUAAACCACACUACUGCCUAUAGUUCUACGCCUGGCAGGUGAUCUUCAUUUCAUCGCACCAAGACCCCGAAAUGGUCUGUAUAAAUUGUUUCCAAGACGUCAAUUAAAUCCAUCUCAGAAUUCUACUUCAUUUGCAAAAAGUGUUAUGGUUAGGCGAAGGAAACAGGUUUCCACCUAACAUCGUAUCAUUAUCACAUCUAAUGCCUAGCCUACUGUUGUGGCAUCUUGGUGAAAAGUAUCGUAAAUAUCACCAACACUGGUGAAUUAUUUUAAAUAGCAACAUUUGCCGAUCUUUCUUUUCGGUCAAGCCAUAAUCAAUGAAGCAAACAAAAUGAAACAUUUCAAGCCUCUCGUCCACUGUCGGUUCAGAAAACCUGUUCAAAACGCACACCCGUCUCUAGAGGGUUCCCGAGUAUAUGUUUACAGACAAGAACCAAAACACCUUAGAAUGAUGGUGCUCCCGCAGUUCUGUUCUGUACCGGUUUAGCAGUUUACUUUCGACUGCGUCGACGUUCGUUUCGUGAGUUUGUCCCUGUUGAAUUCGCAAAAGCAUGCACUGGACCAGUACACCAUUACUGCUCAUCGCUGCCAUUGCGAGCCUCGCACAAUCCUUUUUAUGGUGGCCACUCUACGUUAAAAAGCAGCAAUGGCUGCACAGCGCACGUCCGCCAGCACCGUCGUCCCCACCGACGCCGCCAGUCAGUCUGCCAGCUCAGGAGAGCUAUACGACAGUGUAUGAUUUCAUAGUUGUUGGUGGUGGUACUGCCGGUUCGGUCAUCGCUAGCCGGCUUGCCGAAUUACAACAGUGGCACAUUUUGCUAAUUGAAGCUGGUGGUGGCCCAAGCGAUAAGGAUCUAAGCUGGAAUCUUCAGGCCCAGCGGCAGAUGGGCUCUUGUCUGGGUGCUCCAGAGCAGCGGUGCGAAAUACCGACCGGCAGGGGAUUGGGUGGCAAUACGCUAACCAAUAAUAUGCUUUACGUCAGAGGCAGUGAAGCAGAUUAUGAUGCGUGGGCAAAACAGACAAAUGUGGACUGGUCGUAUCGGAGUUUGCUUCCGUACUUCUUAAAACUUGAAAAUUUUCGCAAAAAUGCUUCCUCGACCUCACGGCAGCAACGUGGAAAAGGUGGACCUGUUCCGAUAGCGGGACUACGCGAAAAAUCACCUUUGGUACGUUCUUUCAUUUCAGCCUGCAACCGACUCGGGCUACGUACGGCCGAUUAUAACGCGGAAAGGAACCAAACCGUUGGGUUCGUUCAACUAACACAAUACCGCACCAAGCGCAUCACUGCAUCUGACGCAUACAUUCGGCCCGUGAAACAGUUGUUCAACAAUCUUCACGUCAUGUCAUCGGCACGGGUCACAAAGGUGCUGAUAAACGGUAUGAACCGGCAAGCGGUAGGAGUCAAAGUGCUUGUGAAUGGCAAACAACGAAAACUACGGGCUACCAAAGAGGUCAUCCUUUCGGCGGGACCUAUAUUUACACCACAUCUGUUGCUGUUGUCCGGAAUUGGCCCCCGAGCGCAGCUGGACGCAUUGCAAAUUCCGGUACUUGCAGAUCUUCCCGUAGGAGCGACAAUGAACCUUCGAUUAGUAUCGUUUCCGCUGCAUCUCGCAACCAAUCGAACAGCGCCAUACGCAGCGCAGAAAAUGAUAGAAGCAAUAGCAUUUUUAAGCACGACCAAACAGAACAAUACUGAUCCUACACACGAGAUUCUGUUCCAGUACGAACCACGCGGUACACUGGAAUAUUUUUCACUCGGGCUAAUUCACCUUCGACCAGCGUCGAGAGGAUUCGUGCAGUUAAACGCCACAAACCCUUCACGUAAUCCCGUGGUUUACACCAAUUUUUUCAGCGCCCCAAACGAUAUGGAAGAAAUUUUGAGCGGCAUUACCGAAUGUCUUAAGAUUGUUCACAGCGAAGAGUUUACAAAGCUUGGCCUACAGUCCAGAAAGCUGAGCGUUCCCCCUUGUGAUAAGCUUCGGUACGGCACGGACGAAUAUUGGCGCUGCGUCGUACGUCACGUAGGCCAUGCAGCCGAUCAACCGUACGGAACCUGUCCUAUGGGAAGGCAAGAUAAUAUACAAGCAGUGGUAUCACCGGAGCUAAGAGUACACGGCAUUGGGAAUCUACGAAUAGCCGAUGCAAGUGUAAUGCUUCCUGUUUCCAAUGGCCAUACCCAGGCGACAGUGUAUAUGAUAGCUGAAAAAGCGUCAGAUUUGAUCAAAAGCUCUUGGGACUGGGGCAAUGAACUAGAACGGCGCCGCUAGCUGUAUAGUAUGACGAUUCAAAUGCAACGACAUUCGAAGGGUCGUUUACUCCUAAAUGUAUGCAAUCUGCGUUUCAUCCUGAUCGGGCACUGGUAUAGGACUGGUAUAAAUUGAACCUAAGAUAAAGUAGAAAUAGCUUUAACAUCAUAUUGAGAGACUCAACGGAUCUAUAAACUAAACAACCACCCAACCUUUAAUAUCAUUUUUAAAUAAAUCCGUUAGUUUUAAAAUGAGAAACCAAACAUUUUUCUUUUUAUGAUUAGUUUCUCAAAAACAUUUAA